AUGUAUGAUGAACUUUAUUAUGAUCAGCUUCACUCUGCAAAAGCUCUUACCCCCCCCCCCCCCUCCGUGAGCGAACAAAAAAAUUUUGUUCGCUCACGGAGGGGGGUUAAUUUUUUUUUUUUUAAAAAAAAUUUAUAUAUAAAUUUUAUAAAAAAUAUUUUUUUCGAAAUUUAAAAAAAUCCUAAUUUGCAAAAAUUGGGAAGCAAAUAUUAAUUUAAUUUGCAAAAUUUAUGUUUUAAAACGCAAUUUGUUUAAAAUUAAACAGAAUUAGCUCUAGAUUUCAUUAUACUAAUUAUCACUUAUAUAUCAAAAUUUUUUUCCAUUAAAAUUUUUUCUAUUAAAAAAAUUUUUGUUCACUCACGGAGGGUGGGUUUUUGGUCAAAAAAUGGCGAUUUUUCUAAUGGUUUUGUUCGCUCACGGAGGGGGGGGGGGGAGUUAGCACCUCAAAUCUCUUCUCAUAUUCAAUAUCUUCAGUAUACUCUUCAGCUUUUUCACUUACAUCCGAUUUCAAUGAUUGCACCGAAAAAGACUUAAAACUUUUAUACACAAAACCCAAGCCAUCAAUUAAUCAUAAACCUUCAUUAUUCAGUGAAGAUAUUUGUCUUGCCCAUGAUAAUUUUUUAGAAAAUUCCAAUAGUUUUCAAGAAAAAUCUCAAAUUGAAAAUAUUUUAAAUAAAGCAUCACCAAAUUUAUAUAAAAUUUCACAAACCAAGAAUGGUACAAGAUGAAUUCAAAAGCUAAUUACUGCCGUUUCGCAAAAUUCUCUAUAUAUAGAAAUUAUUGCAAAUAGCUUAAAAUCACAUGUUAUCGAGCUUUCUAAAGAUCUUAAUGGAAACUAUGUAAUACAAAAAUGUUUGAGUACUUUUUCUCCUAUAAAAAAUCAAAUCAUUUUUGAUGAAAUCAAUGAAAAUUUAAUAGAAAUUUCUAUAAAUAAGCAUGGCUGCUGCGUAGUACAAAGGUGCAUUGAUGCAGCUUUGCCUUAUCAACUAGAAAAUUUGGUAGGAAAUAUCAUCAAGCAUACUACUUUUCUUAUUAAUGAUCCGUUUGGGAACUAUGUACUUCAAUACGUAAUAAGUCUAGGAAAACCUGAUAUAAACUCCAAGCUCGCUAUGAUUUUUCUGAAAGAUAUUAAAAAUUAUGCUUCUCAAAAAUAUUCUUCAAAUGUAAUAGAAAAAUGUCUGCAAGCCAAUACCCCAGAAACUCAGCAAAUAAUUAUUAAAGAAAUUUCCAAGCCUGAAAAUUUUGAAAAAAUGAUAUUUGACCAAUAUGCAAAUUAUGGUAAUUAUUAUAUAGUAAUUCAGCGUGCUCUUUCUAUUGCAGAGCCUGAGCUAUUAAGCCAAAUGCUAUAUUCUAUAAAAACACUUAUGGGAAAAUUAAAGCAUAGUAAAUAUGGCAGAAGAAUUUGUUCAAAAUUGUUAGAAAGCCAUCCAAACUUAAAUAAAUAA